UAGGUGGGUAUACGAAAAUAGCUUAGCGCGGUGGGCAACGGUGGCUGGAAGAGGAUCGUCGUUGCUUUUCAGCGUUUGAGCUUACUCGAGUUGAGUUGAGUGUGUUCCACCUUCGGGAGAACGGCUCGUAACGCAAGUUACGCUUAAGUAGUUAGAAGAAAUUAUAAAGGAAGUGAACGAUGGCGGGCCAGGGGCCAAAGUUCGUGAACAAGCAGUUCAACUCACCCAUCAAACUCUACUCUCCGCAGUCGGUGCAAGAGACACUCGAACGCCAGACUCAAGUUCUAUCCAACGGUGCUGUCGGUAUCGACUUCAACCAAUUGGCCAAGCCGGCGAAUCUGCAAAAUAGCGCCGUUCUUCGCAUGCUCGAAGAAGAGGAAGCUAGACAACGCAACGGCGGACAACCGAGUUUGAAACGAGUGGCUUGGCCUCCACCGCCGGAAGAUCAGCAAUUCACUUACGUGGAACAAGAGCCAGUCCAAUCCAAGACACGAGGCGUGGGAGACUUUGCGUCGUAUGGAAGCAGCCCGGCUUCCGGUCCUUCUCCGCAACCCCCUAGCUCUCAGGUCCCCCAGGGACUAGUGCAACUCGCGAACUUUCCGCCUUCUCCGUCACCCGCAAGCCCCGGGGGCACGCUUCGUCAACCCUUGAACUUCCAGUCAGCAGCACCCAAGGGUUGGGCUCCCGUCACACCCCCGGCUACGUCACCCUUGCCAAACCGUAAUCAGCAGCCACCAAUUUGGCAAUCACAGCCGGCCCAGGCACCGUGGCAACAACCUGUUACUCCUCAACAGCAAAACCAGAUUCCGAGUCAGGGCGUGCGGGUUCUUCCUUCGCAGCCACCCCCGCAAAGUCAAUUUUCACCGGCACCUACACGCUCCACCUUCUCGCCACCACCAUCUACUAUAACACUCAGACCUGAGCCACCAAUUUCUCAGAUACCAGCUCCGGUCUAUCAAGCCCAACCGGCAGCGACGAAAGGAACGGUUCACGGAAACAUGAGGGGUGAUCAAAAGUGGCCGCCAGAGUCGGUCAAGGCUCAGACGGAGGCGGAAAACAGGGCGAGACUCGAGCUUGCGAAAGGACCAGCGGUGAGGCCGCGUCGCGUCAACAAGGACUACAGCCGCUUCUUCGCCCAACACGCCCUGAACAGCACGUAUCCCGGGUACCGGGCACCCCCGGGAACCCAAUACUUUGCACCCGGAUACCAGCAUUAGCUCUUGCCGCGAUGAUCGAAAUUUUGCGAGGAACCUUCCCGACUUUCCCGCGAUCUUCCCCUUUUAAUUUCCUCCGCGACUCCGCGAUAUCCGACCCCCGAAUUUCCUCCGACUUCGAAACGUGCAGAAAAUUUCACGAGAUCAUUCCGUGAAGGUAUGAAUCGUUGAUGGAUGAAUCAACGCAAAAACCUGCACAUGAAUUUCACCAAGAAAAUAUGACGAUUCGUACAGAUAAUUUUCAUACCCGUCUAACGUCGUGAGUACUUUUUCAUUUUUUUUUUUUUUUCUUUUUUCUCUGAGUAACGGGGAGAUCGAAACGAGUAGCCGAUUUUCGAAUGAGCUUAAAAACGCCGCCCAAAAGCAUAUGUAUAAAUACAGUAAAGAACAGAAAUUAGGUGAGAGAGAUUCGGCUUUUGAUACCGUGAUUAAUUUUCGAUUUACUUGAACAAUAUGUUGUGAAAUUAAUAAUCAACGUAAUCAUGGAGAGUAUAUAGGGACGAUUAGUUUCUUGGGUCCGAGGACUUGCGGAGGCCAAGAGGCACAGGCCUUCGCUGUCGCUUUUUUACCCUCGGAAUCCAUUUUUCACCGUGGUUGCCUCGCGCUCCAAGUUAGUUGGGAAGAGAAAUAAUUUUUUUAGUGCAUUUUUUUUUUUUUGUCGCUGGGUUUGCUACGAUCGGAGUGGAUAUACGCAACAUAAUCGCUAUAUUUGGAGUGGCAAAAGUUAGUAAGGACUGAUCGUAUACACGCAGUAUAUACCUUUGACAGGUUCGGUUUUUACUUUGGUUCGUUUUCCUUUCACGUAACUGCUUUUCUUCAAAUAUUAUUCUCUCUCCGUCAUCCGGCGAAAUUUAAUAAACAUCAUUUAAACAAACGUCAGGUUUUUAAUAGGUAUACGUAAAUUGUUUCUAAUCGGCUUAAGAUCCAGUUAUGUCAAAACUAACGCUUUAUAUAGGACAAACGUAGAAUUUUCAAAAAGCACUGCUUUAGAUUAAACCAUCUUCAACUGAUCGCUAUAAUAAAUAAAUAAUAAUACCUCGUGGGGAGGUUAUUAUCGAAUUAUAGUUAUUGUAUAUUCGAUGUGUUUUAGGCAUCGCAAUGUUGAGCUAUUUAUUUUUAUCGCAAAUGUUCGUGUGUGUAAGCGUUGUAUAUAUUUAAAGAUAACUAUACACAUCCGUAUGGGCGCAACGCACAAGAUUUGGCGAAUAAUAACUAAUUUAUAUAACUGUGUAGAAGGAGGUGAAAAAGGUGCAAGAAGAAUAAUUAUAAUUGAGAUAUAAAAGAAAAAAAAAAUUGCAUGCGCUUCUCUAAUGUACAAAAACCUAAACAAAGAUCAUUUUGAAGGUGGGCGUAUUUUAUACAGCGUAAUUAAACAACGAAUAACGUGAAUUAUUAAACUAAUGAAAACUUUACAACGAUGUAAUAUAUUAACGUGAACAGAUGAAUAAAUAAACUGUUAAAAUAA